UAUUACUCUUUCUUGCCUGAAUCUGCAUUCUUCCUUGCUUUAUACGAUAUAAUAAUCCCAGAGGGUUAUUUCUGGAAGGUGCUUUCUCUGUAUUUGAACUCUUUCUCAGCUUUCUUCUAUAUUUCUCCGGUUUUGCUUUGCAUUAUUUCAAGGAUUUCCAGUGAUCUGACGAGGAGAAUGGCGGAGGAGAAGAUUGCGAUUGCCAAAGAUGUUACCGAGCUGGUUGGUAAAACCCCACUGGUAUAUCUCAAUCAUGUUGUGGAUGGUUGUGUGGCUCGCGUUGCUGCCAAGCUAGAGAUGAUGGAACCUUGUUCAAGUGUUAAAGAUAGGAUUGGAUAUAGUAUGAUUGCAGACGCAGAGGAGAAAGGUCUCAUCAAGCCGGGUGAGAGUGUCCUCAUUGAGCCCACAAGUGGGAAUACUGGCAUAGGGCUGGCGUUCAUUGCAGCUGCUAAGGGCUACAAGCUCAUAAUAACAAUGCCUGCAUCAAUGAGUCUAGAACGAAGAAUGGUUCUCCGUGCUUUUGGAGCUGAGCUGGUUCUUACUGAUCCAGCAAGGGGCAUGAAAGGGGCUGUUCAGAAGGCAGAAGAAAUAUUAGCCAAGACACCCAAUUCUUAUAUCCUGCAGCAAUUUGAAAACCCUGCCAACCCAAAGAUCCACUAUGAGACCACUGGACCAGAGAUUUGGAAAGGCUCAGGUGGGAAAGUUGAUGCUUUUGUUUCUGGGAUUGGAACUGGGGGUACAGUGACAGGUGCAGGGAAGUAUCUCAAGGAGCAAAACCCUGAUAUAAAGCUCUAUGGUGUAGAGCCAGCUGAGAGUGCAGUGUUGUCUGGAGGGAAACCUGGCCCACAUAAGAUCCAAGGAAUUGGUGCUGGCUUUAUUCCUGGAGUUUUGGAUGUCGGUUUACUUGAUGAAGUUGUUCAAAUUUCAAGUGAAGAAUCAAUUGAAACUGCUAAGCUUCUGGCCUUGAAAGAAGGGUUGCUGGUAGGGAUAUCUUCUGGUGCUGCUGCUGCAGCAGCAAUUAGGAUAGCUAAGAGACCUGAAAAUGCUGGAAAACUCAUUGUUGUGGUCUUCCCCAGCUUUGGAGAACGUUACCUAUCAUCUGUGCUUUUUGAAUCCGUGAAGCGUGAAGCAGAGAACAUGGUUUUUGAAUGAUAUAGGCUAAUAGAGGAAUAAUAUUCUCUGAGCUUUUGGAUUUCCUAGUGAAAUUUAAUGCCAAAUAAUGCGAGUCUUUUUCUUCUCUGUAUUUCGUUGGGAAGAGAGCUUGUGUGGUGACUUAGAACUGUUACUCAGUGUUGUCAUCAAUAAUAAAUUUUCAGCUGAA